AUGGAGGAAAAGAAUAAUUCAUUAGAUAAAAAUGAUAGUACGAUUCCCGCAGAUUACGUCCAUUAUUUGCAUUCUCACCCUGUAGAGACAAUCGUUCUCCUAACCGUGCUAUGUUUCCUGAUUGUGUUUGGGACUUGCGGGAACUUAUUGAUAAUCACAGCUAUUGGAAUCACUAAACAAUUACGAAACAGAACACACAAUUAUUUUGUCGUCAAUCUUGCGAUUUGCGAUCUCAUUAUAGCCGGCUUUCUUAAUUCCUCUUUCGUUGCGACCAUUGUAAUGGGCGAGAAGUGGUUUUCUGUUAAGUCUAUUUUAUGCGGAUCUAUAGGAUUUGUGUGCAUGAGUAGCUGUUUGGCGUCUCUGGCAUUGGUUGCCAUUAUUGCAAUUAACAGAUACAUUGGUAUAUGUAGAAGUGAGAUUGCCCACAAGGUUUUCAACAAGCGUAACACCAUCAUCAUCAACAUAUUUGUCUGGAUCUACAGUCUUUGGCUCAACAUCGCCGUACUCAAAGGAUGGGGAGAAUAUAUUUAUGACCGUAAGGCAAUUGGUUGUGUUUGGAACAGGAAAACAAGUCGCGCAUUUACAUUAACCUUCCUUGCUGGUGUCUUUGUUCCGAUCACUAUAGUAACCAUUUGCUAUUCCCUGAUUUUCUACAACAUUUACAAAACAAAGAAGAUGUUACAAGCACAUGAUAAAUCAAACACAAGCAGAUUGAUGGAUAGAGAAAUCAAAAUUGCGAAAGUCUUGUUCAUCAUCUUUAUCAUGUUCAUGAUUAUGAACUCGCCGUAUGUCCUGGUUAUUGCCGCUGAUCCAUUUGACCGAUGGCCUGUUGUUGUAUAUGUGGUUGUCGUGCAGUUGAUGCAUGCAAAUGCAUCCGGUGUUAACUGUAUCAUCUAUGGACUGACACACAAGGCGUUUGCACAAGGUUACAGAAAGGUGUUCUACGGGCUUUUUAGAAAAUGCGGGUACUCUGAAGAUGUCGAUGACUCAACGCUUGCAGAGUCCAAAUCUACGAAAUUGGAUUAUGUGCAUACCGAUGGGAACACAGUUGGACAAGCCCGCUCCACAACAACUAUGGACACGAUUGACACAUUAUGUAAAGAUGAAAAUAUUAGUCCAUCUGUGUCACAUCAGUGUCUCCGUGUUGAGUUCAGAGAAAAUGUAGUGCAACACCAAGAAACCAGGAAAAACACCAAACCAGAAACUGGUCUUAAUUGUGAUCCGGAGAAUGCUGGGAAAAUUGAUGGUGAUGAGACAAUCGUAGCUGGAACAGCAGGUGAUUUAUUUGAAAUUCAAGGUUAUGCAGUGCAAAGACAUCAGGAAAAAAAAGAACAAACAUAUUCGGUCUCGUUCUAAUUUUGAUUUCGAGAAGCCCGGUAAAGUUGAUUGAAAAGAAUCUUCUCCAAUGAAUACCACUGAUAAUUAAAUUGAUAAAGUCAAUGCUAGAUGAAAGAAUUGAAACUUUUAUAAAUGACAGAUGGCAUCAUUGAUCUAUGAUGAACAUGUAUUAUUAGUCGUUUUAGUGUGAAAAUAAACUUUGCGACUUAUAUAGAAAUGUAGAUAUGAUAUUAUCGUCCAUUAAUUCCUGCGAUCGCUACACUCAUCUCACACGGCCAUUCCAAAAUAGGUCUGACUGAUUAUAUUCUUGCAUGUGUUGCUAAAUGGUGUCAACUGUGCAUAAAUGAAGAGACGCAGCUAGAGGAACUUUGGAAGGGAAAUGAUUGG